ACUGACUACAAAGUUAAAAAUGUCACAUUCACAUGGAUCAAAUCAGUGUGUAUCAUAAUAUAACUGUGUGUAUAUAUAUACAGAUUACAGGCUGUUAUAAUUAGUGAUAUUUUUGUAAUAAGUUAUUUACAAUUAAUUAUUGCUUAAUCCUUCUGUAACUAUUCUACUUCUAUUACCAUUGAAAGAUUAUCUCUUUUGUCUACUUCAAUCUUACAACGUGGAACUACUUGUCGUGACUGUCAGAUACAACUAUUCUCGUCAAACUCCCGUUAAUCAGUUAAAUUAUCCGUAAAAUUAACUUUCUUUUAUUAUUUUUAUUAUGUGUGAAAUGAAAUAAUAUAUUGAAAUUAAACGGUGCAGUAUUCAAAAUGUUAAAAAAUGAUUUAAACUAUGUGACAAUUAUUUUUGCAUCUUGUAAAUAUUUAUAUUUCAUUGAAUGUGAUUAUAAUACACAUAAAAUAUAGUUCAAUGUUAUUAUUUUGUAAGAAAAUCUGACCUUUGUUAUCAAAUUUGCGAACGAUGAAUUGAUUCCACUAGGUUUUAUCACUCUUCAAAGGCUUUUACACAAGAUUAUUAAAUUUUACUUGCAAGACAUUUCAAUUACACGAAGAAAAUGGCAAAGACACUACCAAAGAAUAUAGUGGAUUGGACAAAUGUAGAUGUGAUUAAAUGGUUAGAAGAGUCAGGGCAUGGUAAUUGUGUUUGUUAUUUUCAAGCUCACGACAUUGAUGGCAAAGCUUUAUUGACUAUACGAGAAGAGGAUUUGAAGGCUCAAGGAAUGAAAAUUGAAAAAAUUGGUGAUAUUAAAAGGCUAUAUAUCAGUAUUAAAAAAUUACAAAAAGAAAAUAUGGCAUUGUUAUUUGAGCUUGGACAAAUUGACCUGUUUUCAUCAUCUAACUUCUAUUCCCAACAUAGAAAUGAAUUACCAAGUACAUUUACAAAUAAUGAUGGAUCGAUAGACCACGAAUUUUACUCAGCUUCAAUCUCAGACGACGGUCAUGCAUCUCAUCUACCUCCAGAAAUAUGGAAAGCAUUUAUUAGUCUUGGAUAUUUAUUUAUUGUUACAUGGAUUACGGCUUUUGUCAUGGUUAUUGUUCAUGAUAGAGUGCCUGAUAUGAAAAAAUAUCCUCCAUUACCUGAUAUAUUCUUAGAUAAUGUACCUCAUAUACCUUGGGCUUUCGACAUGUGCGAAGUAACUGGAACAUUGCUUUUUGCAAUCUGGUUAGUCGUUCUAAUAUUCCACAAAUAUCGAUUUAUUUUAUUAAGGAGGUUCUUUUCGUUAUCGGGAACAGUUUUUCUUUUGAGAUGUGUAACGAUGUUAAUCACAUCAUUAUCCGUACCAGGAGCACAUCUCCAGUGUAAACCAAGGCCAACCCCAGAUGAACCUUGGGCAAGAACAGCGUACGGAGAACUGUAUAAUAAAAUUUCCAUGGCAUAUGUGAUAUGGAGAGGUGCUGGAAUGUCUAUUCAAGGUGUAAGAACUUGUGGAGAUUAUAUGUUCAGUGGACACACAGUGGCAUUGACAAUGUUAAAUUUUUUUAUCACUGAAUAUACACCGCGGCAGCUUUACUUCCUCCAUACAUUUACGUGGAUGCUGAACAUGUUUGGAAUAUUUUUUAUUCUCGCAGCACACGAACACUACUCAAUUGAUGUGUUUGUGGCAUUUUACAUAACGUCUCGACUCUUUCUUUACUAUCACACACUGGCAAACAAUCAAGCACUCAUGCAACGCGAUUCUAUAAGAACGAAGAUUUGGUUUCCGCUUUUUAGCUUUUUUGAAUCGUCAGUCGAUGGAAUUGUACCGAAUGAAUACGAAUCACCUUCAGUGAUUGUAUACAAUUUUGUAUGUACAUUUAGAGAUCUCGGGAAUUUUAUCAAACAAAAAUUGAGCGUUCAGAAGAUACAAAAUUCUGUCAAAAGAGAUGAUAGCACAAAGAAAGGACUUUGAUAUUGGGAUGAAUGACACAACAUAAAUUGUGAUUGUGAAUGAAUAAAUAGUAUGUAAAUUUAAAUAUGUAAAUGGAAAUCUAGAAAAUUUCAUGUUUAAUGAGAGAAAAAAUGAUGAAAAAGACAAUUAGUUAUAAUUAAUAAUUAUAUUUACUAUUUUUAUAAAAAUACAAAUUACUAGAGACUGCAAAACUAUAUGACUGAUACGUUUUAUAAGUGAUUGCAAGUGCUCGAAUAUUUUUCUUCCACACAUUUGCGAGAGUAUAUUUCAUUUUUAUUUCAACCUCCAACAUCGCUAAUUGUUAUUUAUUAAGCAAUCAAGAGUUAAAGCUUGGUAUUUAAUUAUUUUAAAUUGAUCGUUAGAUUUAAUUAAAGAAAUUUUAUAGAACAAA